UAAUCAUAGCCGUCAAAUGUCACUAGUCUGAGAGCACACAAGCACUACAAAACCCUAGCCAUCUCAUUUCGACGUUGUUGACAAGCCCCGCCGAGAAACCCUAGGUUGCAGUUGCAGUUGCAGAGAGCCUCCACUGUAUCGAGAUGGGUGAAGAGGUGAAGGCAUUUGUUCCGGAGUCUGUGUUGAAGAAGAGAAAGAGGGAGGAGGAAUGGGCUUUGGCGAAGAAGCAGGAGGUUGAAGCUGCUAAGAAGAAGAGAGCUGAGAGCCGCAAGCUGAUCUACAGCAGGGCUAAGCAGUACGCCAAGGAGUACGAUGAGCAGGAGAAGGAGUUGAUUCGAUUGAAGCGUGAGGCUAAGUUGAAAGGUGGAUUUUAUGUUGAUCCUGAGGCUAAGCUCUUGUUUAUCAUUCGUAUCCGUGGUAUCAACGCCAUGCAUCCUAAGACUAGGAAGAUCCUGCAGCUAUUGAGAUUGAGACAGAUUUUCAAUGGUGUAUUCCUUAAGGUUAACAAAGCAACAGUCAACAUGUUGCACAGAGUUGAGCCUUAUGUUACUUUUGGAUACCCUAAUCUGAAGAGUGUAAGGGAACUUAUCUACAAGAGAGGUUAUGGCAAGUUAAACAAGCAGAGAACUGCUCUUACUGACAACUCCAUUGUUGAGCAGGCCCUGGGUAAGUUUGGAAUCAUCUCUGUUGAAGACCUUAUCCAUGAGAUCAUGACUGUUGGACCUCAUUUUAAGGAGGCAAACAACUUCCUCUGGCCAUUUAAGCUCAAGGCUCCUUUGGGUGGCUUGAAGAAGAAGAGGAACCACUAUGUUGAAGGAGGUGAUGCUGGAAACAGGGAGAACUACAUCAAUGAGCUAAUCAGGCGCAUGAAUUAAGCUGUGUCAGUGUCCAAUUAUUAAUUAGGGCAAUCAGUCUUUCUUUGGCUUUAGAACAAGAUCAGACAUACAUUUUCGUAUCUGAAAUUUUGGAAAUAGCACAUUUCUGGCUCUCAUAAAUCAUUUUGCUAAGGUUGAAUUUGUUUUUCAUAUAUUUAAGUUUGAGUGAUGAGUUUCAUGUUGAUUUUUCUAUUUAUGAAUAUGCUUGGUUUAUAAUGCUUAGCUUUCUAUUUGCUAUUCA